AUUAUGAUUAUGAGUGUGUGGUUCUGGUUCAUGAUUCUGGUCAAGUCGUCUUCAAUAAUCAUGUUGAAAAUGAAUAAUUGAAGGAAUCGUGUUACAAAUUCAACACAACCUGUUACUCUUUCUUCACCUUUUCUUCUUAAUCUCAACUUGAUCCACUCUAAUAGAUCUAAUUAAUGGAAUAUAUACACGACGUGUUCAUCAACUUCAGAGGGAAAGACACACGACACAGUUUCGUUUCACAUCUCAAUGCCGGCCUCACAAAUGCAGGAAUCAAGACCUACAUCGACAACCAGCUUCACAAAGGAACCGAACUGGGACCAGAACUGUCACGAGCAAUAGAAUGCUCUCGUAUAUCUAUCCUUGUUUUCUCCAAAAACUACGCUGAAUCUUGUUGGUGUCUCAAUGAACUUCAAAAAGUUAUUGAAUGCCACUUAACUCGUAACCAAUUGGUUGUUCCUGUAUUUUAUGAUGUUGAACCUUCGGUUGUGCGCCACCAGAAGGGUGCUUUUGGACAAGUUUUAAGAGCUACUGCCAAGUUGCACUCACCCAAACUGCUAAUUUGGAGGAGUGCACUCACUCAAGCAGCUCAUUUCUCUGGUUGGCAUGUCAAAAAUUACAGGAGUGAAGGUGAACUAGUGCAGCAAAUUGUUGAGGAUGUUUUGGUAAAACUUGACAGCUCGUUCUUGUCUAUUACUGCAUAUCCGGUUGGAUUGGAAUCCCGUGUUCGAAAAGUGAUUGACUUUAUUGAAAAUCAAUCAAAAAAAGUUUGUAUGAUAGGGAUAUGGGGAAUGGGUGGAUCUGGUAAAACAACCACAGCCAAAGCUAUCUACAAUCGAAUUCAUCGUAAAUUCGUUGAUAGAAGUUUCGUUGAAAAUGUUAGAGAAGUCUGUGAAAAGGAAAAUAGAGGGAUUAUUCGUUUACAAGAACAACUACUUUUAGAUAUAUUGAACACAAAGGAGAAGAUACAUAGUAUUGCGUUAGGGACCACGAAGAUUGAGAAAAGAUUUAGAGGGAAAAAGACAUUAGUUGUACUUGAUGAUGUGACCACAUUUGAACAGUUGAAAUCACUAUGUGGGAAUCCUAAGUUGUUUUGUCCGGGAAGUGUAUUAAUUGUUACAACGAGAGAUAUACGCGUACUUAAUUUAUUAAAGGUUGAUUAUGUGGAUACAAUGAAGGAAAUGGACGAAAUUGAGUCCCUUGAGCUUUUCAGUUGGCAUGCUUUUAGACAACCUAUUCCAAUAAAAGACUUAUGUGAACUCUCAAGGAAUGUAGUGGCUUAUUGUGGAGGAUUACCAGUUGCUCUUGAAGUCCUUGGUUCUUACUUGUAUGAGAGGACAAAAGAAGAAUGGAUAAGCGUCCUCUCAAAACUAAAGAGGAUUCCUAAUGAUCAAGUGCAAGAGAAACUGAGAAUAAGCUACGAUGGUUUAAAAGAUGAUAUGGCAAAGGAUAUAUUUCUUGACAUAUGUUGUUUCUUCAUUGGCAAGGGUAGAGCCGAUGUUACUAAGAUCCUAAAUGGCUGCGGACUUUAUGCAGAUAUUGGAAUAACUGUCCUGGUAGAGCGGAGCCUUGUAAAAAUUGAAAAGAAUAACAAGCUUGGAAUGCACGAUUUAAUAAGAGAUAUGGGAAGAGAAAUUGUUCGAGAAAGUUCAGCAAAAGAGCCUGGAAAGCGUAGUAGAUUGUGGUUUCGUGAGGAUGUGCAUGAUAUUUUGACAAAACAGACUGGAAUAGAAACUGUAGAGGGAUUGGUUUUGCAGGUGCAAAGAGCCAAUAGAGUUGUGUUAAGUACUGAUUCUUUCAAGGAGAUGAAGAAACUGAGACUUUUACAACUUGAUCAUGCCGUGCUCAUUGGAGAUUAUCGGUAUCUCUCGAAAGAACUGAGAUGGAUUCAUUGGCAAGGAUUUACCUUCAACUAUAUACCCGAUGACUUUUAUCAGGGAAAUCUAGUUGUUAUUGAUGUAAAAUACAGUAGUAUGAAACAAGUGUGGAGUGAAACCAAGUUGUUGGAUAAACUAAAAAUUCUCAAUGUUAGUUAUUCUAAGUACUUGAAAAACACCCCUGAUUUUUCAAAAUUACCGAAUCUAGAAAAGCUUAUUAUGAAGAAUUGUCCAAAUUUGUCCGAGGUACACAAGUCUAUUGGAGAUCUUAGCAAUCUACUCCUGUUGAAUUUGAAGGACUGUACAAGUCUUGGCAAUCUCCCAAAGAAGAUCUAUCAAUUGAAAUCAUUGAAAACUCUUACACUUUCUGGUUGUUCAAAGAUUGACAAGUUGGAAGAAGACAUGGGGCAGAUGGAAUCCUUGACAACACUGAAUGCAAAAGAUACAGCUGUGACUGAAGUUCCUCAUUCAAUACUAAGAUUAAAAAGCAUUGGAUUUAUAUCCUUAUGUGGAUAUGAAGGAUUAUCACAUGAUGUUUUUCCUCGUCUCAUUUGGUCUUGGAUGACGCCAACCAUGAAUUCCCUACCCUGUAUAUCUCCAUUCGGGGGCAGUUCAUUGUCACUAGUUUCCUUGGAUGUAUCGAGUAAUAAUAUGGCAGAUCAACCGCCAAUGCUUAGAAACCUUUCAAAACAUAGAAGUGUUUGGAUUCAAUGCCGGUCAGUGAUUCAACUGACCCAAGAAUUAAGAAAUUUUUUAGAUGGUCUAUAUGAUGUAAGUUUUACCAAGUUGGAAACAACAUCACAUGCAUCACUAAUCUUAGACAUUUCGUUGAAAUCGCUUCUGAUUGAGAUGGGAAAUUGUCACAUGCUCAUUAACACUCUUGGCAAGAGCAUAUCACAGGGAUUUGCAAACAAUGAUUCAAGCAAUUUUUUCCUUCCAGAUGGCAAUUAUCCUUCUUGGUUAGCCUAUGCAUGUGAAGGACCUUCGGUACUAUUUCAAGUUCCUGAGGAUAUUCAUUGUCACAUGAACGGAAUAGUUUUAUCUGUUGUUUAUUCAUCAACAUCUGAAAACAUGGCAACUGAAUGUCUUACUAAUGUCUUGAUCAUUAACUACACAAAAUGCACAAUCCAAAUAUACAAGGGAGACACAGUAAUGUCUUUUAACGAUGAAGAUUGGAAGGGUUUAACAUCAAAUCUAGGACCCGGUGACAAUGUGGAGAUUUUUGUAGCUUUUAGGCAUGGAUUGAUUGUUAAAGAGACUGUUGUAUAUCUAAUAUAUAACCACUCAGUUACUGUGGAAACUGAUUCGUCAAUUAAUGUGGAAAUGAAGCUAUCGCCGGAAGUGAACUUGCAGCCAUCAUCCGUUGUGAAAAUGGAGCCAUUACUUGAUGUGAAAACGGAACCAUCACGGAAUCGGAAUGAGAAAAUAUUUUCAAGACUUGCAAAGAGAAUUGGAGAGUGCUUAUGCAUAGAACGGAAUAGAGGUCUGAACAAUUUUUGAUUGAGAAUGCCAUUGUCAUCAUAAUAUGAGGUUGUUCCAUCUGUUAAGUAGAAUUCAUUUGGUUAAUGUCUUGUUUCAGUUGAUCAGGUUCUGAAAGUCUGUGUAAGAAUUCAUUUCUCAUUAGGUUUUGAAGAGUAGUGAAUGACUCGAUUUCUAAGGUUCGAUGUAUUGAAUAUUUAUGUUGAUCUAUUAGUCCUAAUAGGAUUAUUAAGUGAAUAUCAAGUUUUUAGGCUUAACUAUAUUUUCGGUCAUUUAGUUUGAGUUGUGUUUGUGUGUGA